AUGGGAAAAUAUUCACUGAAUCAAACGUCUACAUUUGAUUUAAAAAUCUUCAGCUUUGACAUCCACCCCUCGGCUGAAUACCCUAUUUUUGUUAUAGGCCUUUUGGUUUACUUGUUUUCUGUUUUCUCAAAUGUGACGAUCUUGGUGCUGAUAGUUACUCAGAGGAGUCUCCACAGACCGAUGUUUUACAUCCUCUUCAGCCUGCCACUGAAUGACCUCAUUGGAAUUACUGCAAUGUUUCCCCGUGUGCUUGUGGACAUUAUAACCAAGAACAACACUGUAUAUUACCCACUCUGUGUCUUUCAGGCUUUUUUAAUCCAUAUGUUUGGUGGUGGCACCCUGUUCAUAUUGGCAGCAAUGGCAUUUGACCGAUAUAUUGCUAUAUGCAAGCCACUGAGAUAUCAUUCAAUAAUGACACCACUAACUGUUGUAGGGAUAUUGUCAUUGGCAUGGGGUCUUGACUUUGCCAUAAUCUUUGUUCUUUUUCUCCUUCAGACUAGAGUGCAAAGGUGUACAAAUUUUAUCAUGACUGUAUAUUGUAGUAAUGUCUCAUUGCUUAACCUGUCCUGUGGAGAAGACGUCACAAUCAAUAAUAUUUAUGGAUUAAUUAUAACUAUAUUUAUGCAUGUUGUCACUAUAACAAUACAGCUGUUCUCAUAUAUCCAAAUCCUUUUGACAUGCAUCUUUAACAGACAAUCAGAUGCCAAAACUAAAGCUGUUAAUACUUGCUUAGCCCAGAUAAUUGUGUUUCUAAUUUUUGAAAUAGUUAGCUUGUUUACAUUAAUUGCAUAUCGACUUCCAAACAUAUCUACGAAUGCAAGGAAUGCCUGUGGAAUGAUGAUUUUUCUGAUUCUACCUAUUGUCAACCCUGUUAUCUAUGGAAUGAAAACGAAGGACAUUAGAAUAACAUUCUUUCAAUUAGUGAGAAAAAAAGCUACCAUCAACAUAAACGUAAAGGCAAUCUAA